AUGCCUAGACAUGCCAAACGAAAGGUCACUGAUUAUGGAGCAUCUCCGUCUGUGUCCAAUGCACCUAUGUCACGGAAAUAUCAACGUCAUCAGUUGGUACAUGCUUCCAAUGAUUCUUCCUCUGCUUCAGCUCACGCUCUUCCUUCGUAUUAUGACUAUGGCAAUUGCAACUUCGCGUGUGAAUUCUGUGGUGCCUUUUUUUGUGCUUCCGCUGUUGUCACCCAAACACACGCAUCAGGAGUUAUAUCAGCUGCUCUUCUAUACAUUCGUGACGACGAAAUUGAAGCAUCAGUUGGAGAAAUGAUUGGAGCUGCAGCUGCAAGAGCAAUAAAUGAUGAAUAUGGGCAAAAAGCUGCUACUCUUCUUGCAGAUGUGAUAUUUGCUUUGGGAUCUUUUCUAAUGGCUGCUGCAUGGAAUCCAUAUGUGAUUAUAUUUGGUAGGAUUUUGUUGACAGUUUCUUACCUUGUCAAUCUUGCUUUCAUUGAGGUAUCAAAUUACCUUUUUGGAGACUAUUUUUCGAUGUCACCUGAAUAUGUGAUUGACCACGGAAGAAAAUAUACCCUCAAAUUCACUACACCAAACGGAUUGAUCCACUACUCGUCAAAUGAAGAGAUAGAAAAAGAAGGGCUACAUUCAAGAAUUAGCAUUGUACUUUGAGAAUUCAUGAGCUAUAUUUUGAACUUUCAAAAAUUUGUAAUACUUGAUUACAACAGCUAUAUUUUUUAUCUCUAUACUUUAAUAUUUAAAAUUUU